UUCAACUUUUCCACUUUUUUUCUACUGUCUCGUCACCAAUGGUGGGGGGUGGAGUUUGUGCGCCUGGCUUUACUAGUAGUCUUGUCCCUUUUCGUGCUUCAUUUAGCUGCGGAUAUGUUCAUGACGUGUAUGAGUUUCAUGAUGAGCGUAAUUCCAGACUUCUUUUUCCAAGAAAACACAUGUUGA